AUGAAUACUUAUCGUGGAAAAGGCCGAAAAUCUGCAGGGUCUAGAGUAAGAGGUUACAGAAAUAAAUGGAGAGAAAAUGAAUGUACUCGUUUAAGAGAAGCAGGCAUCAAAAGUGAAGAUGAAUCGUCUGCAGAUGACACCACAGAUCAUGUUGAGCCCAUGGAUGUGGAUGACGACUAUAGCUCAUCGUAUUUGUACAAAAAUAUAUGGAAAGAGAAUGUUUAUUUCAUAGGAAAAGCAAAUCGUGGCCCAGUUGCUUCCGAUUUUUCUGAGGAAAGCGUGUUCAACUUUCUUGUGAAAAGAACGGGUGGUUUAUCAAGUGUAUCAAAAUUCAGUGAAGAAUACCCCCAUUUACCAGGAAACUUCACUGAAUGGUUAUCAGAACGCAAGGAAAGACUAACUAUUUACAAAAGAGAACAAACACCUAUAUGCAUGGGACCUUUUCUAAAGAAUGCAACUUUGUGCUUCCAUCACACGGGGAUCGGAAAAGAAAAGGAAUGUAGUCGCGGAAAUUGUUGUCAUUUUCACAUCUGUAAAUUUUAUCUAAAUGGAUUCUGUAGAAAUGGUUACAAAUGUAGAAAGGAGCAUGACUUUACAAACGGACACAAUACAAAGAUAAAGGAAAAACUCGGUCUCGAAGAUUUCAAUGACGAAGACAUCAAAGUGUUAAUAUUGUGUAGGUAUCCUCAAGUUUGCCGCGCGCGAACAUGUUUGGCAGGGGAAGACUGUCCUUUUCUUCACAUUUGUUACAAUUUUAUAACAAAUAGAUGCGAAGAUCCUGAGUGCGAAAGAGGACAUUCAUUUGAGACUCCGCAUAACAGAUGGGUUCUCUCCGUGUACAAAAUGGAAAGAUGGCCAAGGGAAAAGUUGUUCUUGCUUAAGUCGUCGAUUAACAUGCCACGAAAACAACUCAGCGUUACUUAUCUUUGUCAGACUCCAUCCGUUCAUCCAUCAUUGAUUGCCGCUAAAGCAAAUACCAAAUUGAAAGAAGUAACAUGGAAUCAUGAGGAAGAAAGGAAAACAGAACCCAGUGAAAAAGAGCAAGUAACAAGCAGAGGAUAUUAUAGACAAAACAGAGAAUAUCCGUGGUUCAGCCGACUAAAUGAAGAAAACCAUUCAAAAUCCAGUAGUAUUUUUGAUACGAAUGCGCACAAACAAAGCAUCUGUUUGAGUGGUUUGACGGGAGGCUGUCAGGAAAAAGAUUGUGAUAAACACCACACUCGAUUCCCCUACCUCUGGCAGAUCCGUAUCUAUGGAGACUGGGUCAGCUUUGAUGACGAAGAAAAUCAAAAGCUUGAACAGAGUUACUGCAAUACGGAAGACAGUGCUGAUGGAAAGUUUACUAUUUUAGAGAACACAGAGAGAAUCACUCUUUACUUCAGAAAGGAAUAUGGUAUCAUUAACAUGGCUGGAAACUCUGUAGAGGUACCAUACAGGCGACUCACUACGGUAUCAUUUGCCGAAGAGAACAUUCCACUUAAAAUAGGUUCGUUCCACACACAGUGGAGGUGGUACUUUAAGAAUGACUAUGGACAGUGGAUGCAAUAUGAACCGGAUCUUCUUCAAUACACACUAGAGAAGAAAUUUUUAACAGGGCAAAAAAGCUAUAUAUUUACCAGGGAGAGUCACACAUUAAAGUACAGGGUGGAGUUUACAGAGUGGAAGCAAAUAAAUAUUGACAUCAAUAAGGUUCGCAAGAUUCAGAGAAGACCUGUAUUUGUUUCUUUGGCUGAAGUAGGAUCAUGGCAGUAUCCAAAAUUAUUGGAUGUUGCCAUUCCUGAACCUUAUCCUGCUGGAUGGGAUCCAUUAGACUUAGCGCAUGAUUUUGAAUGGGUCGAUUUAGAGAAAACAAGCAGAGAAUUUAUAAGUGUCGAGACUGAAUUCUAUACAACACUCAGGAAGGAGAAGUUUCAAAUAAGCAACAUCUAUCGUAUUCAGAAUCUAAGCUUGUGGAAUGAAUACAAAAUGAAAAGGGCAAAUCUGGAAAGAGCCCAGUCGAGAAAAACAGGAAGCAUUGAUGAGAGAAGUCUCUUUCAUGGUACCGAUUCUUCUGACACUUGUUACGGUAUAUGUACCAACAAUUUUGAUUUCCGUUUGAGCGGAAAAAAUGCGACUGUAUAUGGUAAAGGUUCUUACUUUGCAGUCUCAGCAAAGUAUAGUAACAAUUACACAAAAGGUCCAGUUCAUUUGAUGUUUAGAGCGAAAGUUUUGAUUGGAAACUAUACUAAAGGAAAACAUGAAAUGACAUGCCCACCAAUUAUUCCAGGAGAGGGCCAUAAAAGAUAUGAUUCCUGUGUGGAUGACGUCACAAAUCCUUCAAUAUUUGUUGUGUUUGAUAGAAAUCAAUGCUACCCAGAGUACCUUAUUGCAUAUAAAGACAUUUCUGAAGGGACUUCUCUACAAUGGCCAAUACCUGUAAGAAACAAUCAACUAAAGGCUUCAAGACUCUCCAAUGUAAACAAUUCAGUGCCAUCAACUACCUCAGGGCAAAUCGGCAGCGUUCAAAGUCACUCCGCUGCCAUUCGAACUUCAAGUAGCAUUCAUUCUGGUGGCGUGUCGAAAAUUCCUGCAAGUUCUCAAGCAGCUGGUGGUUUCUCAUUUACUUCUUUGCAAUCUUCUGUUGGAAGUUCCAAUCCCACCAUUAGCCAAACAAGCGCUCCUACUAGUCAGAGAAACAGUACCACGCAUUCCACUUUUAUAAGUUCAAGUUCUCCAGCACACCCAAACUUCUCAAAUGUUUUUACUGAUUGCGACAAAGUUUACAGCCAUCACCCAACUUCUUCAAAACAAAUUUCUGUGCGAAAUACAACACCUUCCUCUAAGUUUAGAUCUCUACCGGAUAGAAAUCGGAAAAAGAGCAAGUGUACAAUUCAGUGAAGUAGAAUUUGAGGUAAAAAGAGCACAGAAUCAUACGUGUUUACUGUAACUUUUUGAAGGGUUCUGUUUAUUGUUUUUUUUUUGUAUAGGUAUAUGUAGAACAAAAGGUUCAUAAAUGAGUACAAAACAUUGAUUCUCUUUUGCCAUAAAA